GACCUUCCCCGGCGCGGCCAUGGCGCCGGACAGGCUCCUGCAAGCGGCUUCGCUCCGUCUCCUGGUCGCCGUCUGGCUGGGCUCCCCGAGGGCUGCAGGAUCGGCUGCUGGUGCUCAGAGACCCGUCCACGAUUUUCAGCCCGGAGGCUUAAACGUUCUCUUUGUGAUUGCGGACGACUUGCGCCCGGCCCUGGGGUCUUAUGGGGACCCCCUGGUGAGAUCACCCAACAUCGAUCAGCUGGCCUCUAAAAGUGUGGUGUUCCAGAAUGCUUUUGCCCAGCAAGCUGUCUGCGCCCCAAGCAGAGUCUCCUUUCUCACGGGCCGUCGACCCGAUUCCACCAGGCUGUAUGACUUUAACUCGUACUGGCGAACACAUGCAGGAAACUACACCACGUUGCCGCAGUACUUCAAGGAGAAUGGGUAUAUUACCCUGUCCGUUGGGAAGGUUUUCCACCCAGGCAUCUCCUCAAACCAUAGCGACGAUUAUCCGUACAGUUGGUCCAUCCCGGCUUUUCAUCCGUCUUCUGAAAAAUACGAAAACACGAAGGUUUGCAAAGGGAAAGAUGGAAAGCUUCACGCCAACUUGAUCUGUCCUGUGGAUGUGGCCAAGAUGCCCGAGGCUACUUUGCCGGAUAUCCAGAGCACCGAGGAAGCCGUCCGUUUGUUGAAGACUCUGACGAGAAUCAAGAGGACGUUUUUUCUGGCUGUCGGCUAUCAUAAACCCCACAUCCCAUUCAGAUACCCUCGGAAAUUUCUCAAAUUGUAUCCCUUGGAAAACGUCACCUUGGCUCCCAAUCCAGCAGUUCCUAAAGGACUUCCUUCCGUGGCCUACAAUCCCUGGAUGGACCUACGGCGGAGGGAGGAUGUGGCAGCCUUGAAUAUCAGCUUCCCUUACGGGCCCAUUCCAGAACACUUCCAGCGGAAGAUUCGUCAGAGUUAUUUUGCCUCCAUCUCCUACGUCGAUACGCUGGUGGGGAAGUUGCUGAAUGCCCUGGAUGAGACGGAGCUGUCUCACAACACGAUGGUGGUUUUCACCGCAGAUCACGGCUGGUCCCUGGGUGAACAUGGCGAGUGGGCGAAAUACAGCAACUUUAACAUAGCCACACAAGUGCCGCUCAUGUUCUACGUGCCAGGAGUAACAACUCCGAGCUCUGAUCCAGGACAGAAAGUUUUCCCAUUCAUUGACCCCUUUGCUCAAGAUCUCCCAUCUGGGCUUCCAGGAAAACCUAAAGAAAUGGUUGAGUUGGUGUCUCUGUUCCCAACGCUUGCAGAACUGGCUGGACUGACCGUUCCUCCUCCGUGUCCUCACCCUUCCUUUCACGUCCCUCUUUGUAGCGAAGGGAAGAGCUUGGUCCAGUAUUUCCCAUUCUCCAGUGGAGGACAGGAGAACCAUGGCCGCACACAGAAUGAAACCCCGGUUGCCUUCAGCCAGUAUCCCCGUCCUGGAGACGUCCCUGCACCGAAUUCUGAUUUGCCAUUGCUUCAAGACAUAAGAGUCAUGGGCUAUUCCGUUCGUACAGCCGAUUACAGGUGUACUGUCUGGUUUGGGUUUAAUCCCAACAAUUUCACAAUCGAUGUGAAGGACAUCCACGGGGGAGAACUGUAUUUUGAAAAAAGCGACCCCAACGAAGAUCACAACCAGUACAGCGAAGUCCCACAUGGAUUCCCCAUCCCCAAGCUUUGUAACGUAACCGAUUAUUUGAAAUUGUAAUCAACUUCAAUUCGAUGAAGCUCCGCGAAGGAAUUGACUGCUACGUGGCUUGUGUAUAUGUCCUGCUUUGUGUUAUACACAAAGAAGCCUCCAGGAAUGACCGUUUUUAUAUCAAAUAUAAAA